AAGUCGUCAUUAAAAAAUGAAGAAAUUGAACAGAUCGACUGCAGUGGAGUUUUGGUACGAUAUGAGCCGAAGUUGAGCGAUUUGGUUCCCUCAUUACCCUUCGCACCUGUACCUCCUCCUCCUCCUCCUCCUAUUUGGUACAGUCCAAUGCCAUUUCCACAACCAGUUCCCAUGUUUAUGGCACCACAACUAUGUGUACCUUAUUCAAAAUAUCCUCAUCUGACACCAGCUCGGAAGCAAAAGACGAAGAAGAAGCAAGAGCAUUCAGCUUGUGCGCAGAUUUGUUGCGGUGGUAUUGCACAACUUUUAUGGACUAUUAUUAGCAUUGUUCUUAUGGGCAUGAUUGCAGCCCUUAUUUUAGCAUUGAUUGUUAUCUAA